AUGUUUUACUUCCACUGCCCUCCUCAGCUGGACGCAGAGUUGACUUCGAGCACUUUCGCCAACCACGCCCCGGCGGAUUUUGACGAUGGCUUCCUGCGAAGGAAACAGCGCAGGAACAGGACCACGUUCACGUUGCAACAGCUGGAAGCCUUGGAAGCGGUCUUCGCACAGACCCACUACCCGGACGUGUUCACGCGUGAGGAGUUGGCCAUGAAGAUCAACCUGACUGAGGCCAGAGUUCAGGUGUGGUUUCAGAACCGCAGGGCCAAGUGGAGAAAGACGGAGCGAGGCGGCGCCGACUCAGAAGGAGGGAAAGAGCAGAUAAGCGAAGGCGCUCCUCCGACUCGCGGCAUCAACACUCAGUCGCCCGCCGAGCAGACCAGGAAACAGAAAGAGCCGCUGGAGCUGCAGCAGAGCAUGAACAGACCGGUGGGUCCCGGGGGUCCCUUCUUCCCGUCCUGCCUGCCAGGGACCCUCCUCAACUCGGCCACCUACGCUCAGGCCCUCUCUCAGGUCGCCACGCUGAAAGGUAACGCCUUGUGUUCCUGCUGCGUUCCGGACCCCAUGGGCUUAUCCUUCCUGCCGCCCUACGGUUGCCAGGGCAACCGCACGGCCAGCGUGGCCGCCCUGCGCAUGAAGGCCCGCGAGCACUCCGAGGCCGUGCUGCAGUCGGCCAACCUGCUCGGCGCCGCGUCCGCCAACGUGGGGGUCCUGACGGGCAUGACGGGGGCCAACAUGGCGAGGCCCUCGGCGGCCCCCACGGCUCCGGGGGAAGCGAGCGGGAGAGGAAGCGACAGCUCCAGUCCCAACACGGCCUCCAAGGUGUCCGACAAGCACCCGCACUGCUCCAACAAGGACGCACUGGAGAAGAAGUGAGGACUCCGAGGGCCCCCAAGACUGUCGGCUGGUCCUCCAAGCACAACUACGGAGAUAUUUCUAUGAUUAUUAUUAUUGUUUGUGAACAUUCGGAGACCUGUGGUCCUCAUGAAAGCACAAGUUUGGAUCCAUUCUUCUGCACUCGUUCAUGGACAAAUACGGUAAAAGACGACAUGAUUCAUAAACGGCACAUUUUGAGGUAAAUAUUUGUUGAAUGGGUGUCUUUUUGCUGAAAAUGACAUGAAAAAGUGCUAAAUCCUCAAUGCUCUACAUUUCAAUGGAAUGUCCUAGAACAGUAGUCCCUCUAACUUUUUCACCAAGUACCACCUCAGAAAACACUUGGCUCUCCAAAUACCACCGUAAUGACCGACAGUAAAAGUAGUAGGCCUAAGUAUUCAUUAAAACCAAGCCAUAGGGUUUAUUUAACAAGUAUAUUCAAAAUAUUUGGCCACUGUAACGUUGCACACAGUUUGAACAGUAACACUGUGUUUGAAUAUUUAUUAAAUAAUUUUUGGCCG